GUGAAGCUCGUGUGUACCGGCGAGACUGACAAGCUGACUGCAGAAGAAAGGCAUAAGUAUCGACGCCACCCGCUGCGGCAGCAGGCAGUCCGGCUGGCCGACCGAAUCAGUCGCCUGAUCUGGAACACACUGAGCCAAAGCAGACAGCGAUGGUGGCGACCGGCGCAGGUCAUGGACAUGAUCCAAGACGUGCUCCAGGUCCAGCUCCACUUCGUCGAGAAGGAACAGCUCGCGCAGUCCCUAGGAACUAACAAGCUCCAGCCCCAAGCAUCGCCGCUGCUGCCGCAUCCAAGCAUGCUGCAACCAAAGAUGCUCUUCGCGGGGUGUGCCGCGUUGACAGAUGACUUGCUGAACCGUGCCGCAGCGCUCUCGUGGCAGCUGGAGCCCAGCUUCGCUGCCGCGAGUCGUCGCCAACAGCAUCGCACAGGUUUCAUGUCAGCGAGCAUGCCCCGCAUUACGCUGAAACAAUACCUGCAGCAUCUGUACCGGCAACUCAUGACUCGAGACCUUGGCGAAGCGACACCUUUGCCCUGCAGCGUCCUGAUCACCGCAGCUGCGCUGCUGCAGCGACUCCAACACGCUGCCCCGGAAGUCUUCAAUCCUUUCAGCCUGCACCGCCUCUGGGCCACGGCAUUCACGCUAGCAUACGCGUGGCUCGCAGAUCUCUCCAUUCACUGGCCCACAAUGGCAGCGCUGACAGGCUACCAAAACGGUCUGGAGCUCGAGCGCACGACGGCCCUCUUCCUGCAGCUGAUCGACUGGCGCUGCUUCGUCUCGCAAGAAACCUACCAGCUGACGUAUGCGAUGAACCGGAGCCAUGACCUGACGGCCGCGUGA